CGUCUUCCCUCUCUCUCUCUCUCUCUCAUCCCACAAAAUGGCUUCCAUUUUCUCUCUCUACAUCCCCAUUUUCAUGGCCUACACAGCUUCUAUUUUUCCUUUCUCCUUCGCUUCUUAUCCCAAUCACUUCCCUCCCCUCAUUUCUUCCAUCUCCGCCGCGCCUGAAUUUUCGCCCUCCCCUUCUCCGUCCCCGGCGUCGGACAUUUCUCCGCUCUUUCCGACCCCCGGCGGUGCCACUCUUCCGCCGUCCUCUUUGCCUACCAUCCCCUCUAGUCCCAGCCCUCCGAACCCUGAUUUUAUGGACGCCGCACCGGCGCCGGAAAUGCCUCUUCCACCGUCUCAGUCCUUGCCGUUCUCUGCCACUGCUACUCUCAACUCCGGUGGGUGGUGUUGGUCGAUUUGGGUGGCUCUUACGGCGGCUAUCGUAGCGGAGGUUUGCCGGUGACUGGUUAGCCGGCGUUGUUGGGGUUUUAGUGGACAUUGGAGUGUAGUUGUAUUGGC